AUGUCACGUGCCACGAUAACUGACACACGUGACUCGCCGAGGUCGGAGGGCGGAGGCAACACGGACCAAUCAGAAAGACCGAAAUUUGAGAAGAUUCACGGCAAGGGCAAUUAUCAUUUCUCUACCCUCGCGGUACCUCUCUACUCACUCCCUGGGCUGUCGUUGGUCAUGAUGAUGCCUCUCAGACCUUCAAAUAGCGCCUGGCGCUCCAUUCACCUCCAGAGGCAGCUGAUCUCUGCCCGUCGGCCUUUCUCGACCUCGUUCGUGGCCUCGGCUGCGUCGCCCCACCGCUCUUCUAUUCAGAAACGGACCCAAAGCACGGCGACCGCGACCUCGGGCUCCCGACCUGCUCCCAGCCCGGCCUUCAACCAAGAACCUCACCGCAAUGAGGUCUCUCCGCUGCAAACCCGCCAGCUCCCUGAGCUCGAUGACUCUAUGGUUGGGAUGAGUGGUGGUGAAAUCUUCCACGAAAUGAUGCUUCGCCUUGACGUUAAGCACGUCUUCGGCUACCCUGGUGGUGCCAUUCUUCCCGUCUUCGAUGCCAUCUAUAACUCAAAACACUUCGACUUCAUCCUCCCCAAGCACGAGCAGGGCGCCGGUCACAUGGCCCAGGGCUAUGCCCGUGCUUCUGGCAAGCCCGGUGUUGUUCUCGUCACUUCUGGUCCCGGUGCUACCAACACCAUUACCCCCAUGCAGGAUGCCAUGUCUGAUGGUACCCCCAUGGUUGUCUUCUGUGGUCAGGUCGUCACCAGCGCUAUUGGAACCGAUGCCUUCCAGGAGGCUGAUGUCAUUGGUAUCUCUCGCGCCUGUACCAAGUGGAAUGUCAUGGUCAAGUCCGUUGCAGAGCUUCCCCGCCGUAUCCAGGAGGCUUUUGAGAUCGCUACUAGCGGCCGUCCCGGUCCCGUCCUGGUUGACCUUCCCAAGGAUGUUACCGCCAGCAUUCUCCGCAACCCGAUUCCCAUGCAAAGCACCAUUCCUUCUCUCCCCAGUGCUGCCACCAUGGCUGCCCGUGAGCUGAGCAAGAAGUCUCUUGACUCUACCAUUGCUCGCGUCGCCCGCCUGGUCAACGUAGCUAAGAAGCCCGUCCUCUACGUUGGUCAGGGUCUUCUUGCCCGCCCCGAUGGCCCUCAGAUCCUGAAGGAGCUUGCGGACAAGGUCCAGAUUCCCGUCACUACUACCCUCCAGGGUCUUGGUGGAUUCGACGAGCUGGACCCCAAGUCUCUGCACAUGCUCGGUAUGCACGGCUCUGCCUACGCUAACAUGGCCAUGCAGGAGGCCGAUCUGAUCAUCGCCGCUAAGCUAGCUGCCUCUGAGGGCCGUGGUGGUAUCGUCCACUUCGAGAUCAUGCCCAAGAACAUCAACAAGGUCGUCCAGGCCACCGAGGCUGUUGAGGGUGACUGCGCCGAUAACCUCCGCCUUCUUUUGCCUCAGGUCAACGCCGUUCCGGAGCGCACUGAGUGCAACCUGACCGCCGACAUGAAGGAAAAGACCAUCAUCACCACCGGUGUUGGUCAGCACCAAAUGUGGGCCGCUCAGCACUUCCGCUGGCGCCAGCCCCGUACCAUGAUCACCUCCGGUGGUCUUGGUACGAUGGGUUACGGUCUGCCCUCCGCUAUCGGUGCCAAGGUCGCUCGCCCCGACUGCCUGGUCAUCGAUAUCGAUGGUGACGCUUCUUUCAACAUGACCCUGACUGAGCUCUCCACUGCUGCUCAGUUCGGUAUCGGUGUCAAGGUUCUCCUGCUUAACAACGAGGAGCAGGGUAUGGUCACACAAUGGCAGAACCUGUUUUACGAGGACCGCUACUCCCACACUCACCAGCAGAACCCCGACUUCGUUCCUCUGGCCCGCUCUAUGCGCGUCGCUGCUGAGCGCGUCUCCAAGACCUCCGACCUUGAGUCCAAGCUGAAAUGGCUCAUCGAGCAAGAUGGCCCUGCCCUCCUGGAGGUCAUCACCGAUCGCAAGGUUCCCGUCUUGCCCAUGGUCCCUGCCGGCCAUGGUCUGCACGAGUUCCUGGUCUACGACGAAGCCAAGGAGAAGGACCGCAAGGAAGUUAUGCGCAAGCGUAACGUCGACUUCGCCGUCAACUAUCGCGAUUAA